AUGAAGAUCAUCCUCCUCGCUCUGUUGGCCGCCGGCGCCUUUGCCGUCCCAGUGGCUCAGGUUGAGCCCACGGGUGCUGUCCCAUCCCGCGGCCCAAGGCCGUCCGGAAGCCGCCCUGCCCACUCCGAGAGGCCGCGCCCGACCGGCCUUCCUAGCGGUCUUCCUAUGCCCACUGGGGCACGCCCCAGCGGUGGACGUCCAAGCGGUGGAGCUCGCCCGAGCGGUGAACCUCGCCCUUCUCACUCGCGCGUUCGCCCAUCCGGCCUUCCGGUCCCGACUGGAGAGCCCGAGGAUAUUGAAGAGCGCCAGGAGCCUACUCGCAGCAGGCCCGCCUUCACGGGUCUCCCGUCCGGUUUCCCUACCGAUCUUCCAUCGGGAUUCCCCACCGGUGGCUUCAGCCGUGGUCCUCGCCCUACUGGCCUCCCCUCCGGUCUCCCCUCCGGCGGUUUCAGCCGUGGCCCUCGCCCAACUGGCAGCUUCUCCCGCGGUCCUCGUCCCAGUGGUGGCUUCCCCGGUUCUGGCACGCCGCCUAUGCCCACCGGUACUCCGGAUGACGAGGAGUAGAUCAACGCGACUCAACUGUAUGUAGGAGAGCACCUUCGCUCACGCUGGGGUGUUGACUGCUUGCGUUCUGGAUGUCUUUUCUCUGGGGAUAGGAGAUUUGGAGAUGUAGUCAUUCGUUUAUCUUGCAGAGCUG